AUGCCGAAGCUGGACGCGAUCUCGAAGGGGCCGUGGCGCCACAUUAGCCAGCAGCAGCGUCAGGCACGGCAGGUGCAACGCGCCGAGCCAACCAUUGGCGAAGUCCCGGCGCAGUCGUCGCCGAUGACAACACAAGCCGUGACAGGAGUGCGGGUGGUUGAGGAUGCGCACGAUGACGAAAACAAUGUGGAGCGGACGCAGGAGCACUCCCAUAUUGUGAACACUCAGAGCGAAACCCCACAACAGCCGCAUUCGUGUUUAGAGGAAUCCCAUGUGCACUCCGCUGCGCGCCUGAUCCACCGCCGCGGCAGGUCAGUGCUGCCACAGCCGCGGGAGACGCUCACAAAUUGGAAGGUGGCUGUGGAUGGUGGUGUUGCAGGAAAUGAUGACAACCGAGCGCGACAGGGGCCAAUGCAGUCCCCCUCAGAACCGACCGCACGCGCGCUGGAGGAGUUGUUUAACGAGGAGCAAAGCGCAGAGGAGCAGCAAGUACAGCAGGGUGUGGCGGUGCAGCGUGUUGCGCAGCUCUUGUCGCCGUCGUCGCCGCACCAGCGUACCAACAGAGCCGAAGAGGAGGAUCUCUUCUCGAAUAUUUCGACUCGCGCGUACAGCAGCACCGUAGCCUUUGACCAGGCCGGCAUCGCGACAGUGAACGCGUCUCGCCGCACCGCGCUGCGUCAGUGUGCGUCCGACGUGCCGCCACCGGCGCCUCAUGUAACUAGCACGGCGGUGCGAGCUGUGCCUCACGCAUCCCCGGGGCCGCUGUGGGUGUGGCUACCAAGACGCGUGGAGGCGCUGUGCGCACUGACUUCUCUGGGCAGUCCGCAAUUGAUGCGCAGCGUGGCUGACGGCGACCGCAGCCAAGACCGCAUUCGCACAACUCCUCCACACCGGCGGUCAUCGACUCUGUUCUUCGCACGUGGUGGUCGCGGCACAUACAGUGCGCUGCGCGACUACAUCGGCGACGGUGAUUACGGUUUGCAGGUCGCUCUGUGGCGUCGCACGCCUUGUAGCACGCCACCACGCACAGGGCUGACAGCGGGCGGGGCUAACGGCGCACCCACGUCGUUGCUAUCAUCUCCGCGCUGGAGCGUGACGGCCUAUGAGCCCCUGAGUCUGUCGCUUCCAGCGACGGCGCUGUGUGGCAACGAUGCUAGUCAAGGAUGGGUGCCUCAGCAGGCACCCGUCAGCUUCACCAACUUCUCUCAUCCCAGCAACAGCGUGGACAGUAACGUUCAGCGCCGCCACAGCGCUCGCGAGGACGAGAGCGUGGCGGUCAAUGCUCAAGACGAUGAAGAGGCUGCUGCGGUGAGUAAGUGCCAUGAUCACCCUUCACUUACGGUGAUGGCGUCAGCGCACAGCCCAGCACCCCCAGUCUCGGUGGCGACGCGGGUGUACUGGGGUACUGCUCCACCGUUGAGAGGGACAGCGCCAAGCAUGCUGCACCACGGUGGCACGACGGCCAUCGAUGCCUAUGAUGCAGGUAGCGACGGCGCUGCCUUCGCAGGCAGCAGGAGCGCUGGUCAGAUCAUUCGCAACAGCGCGCUCGACCAACGAGCUCGCUAUUCCUCUGUGAGCCCCGCCGAUGAGUCCUCCUCCAUCAUGGCCACAGCGCUACCAAGCCAGCACCAGCGAGGCGGUCCAAGGGGCUAUGGCAGCAGUGGCGCACGCCCUUUACGCGACUCCGCCACAGCUGGCUUUGACCGCGAUGAGCUGUUCUGCGAGCCGCCAUCUUCGCCGCUGUCGGCAACGUGCCGGCAACUACCUGCUGUCUCCGGCAGCGUUGCCUGUGUGCCGAUACCCUCCAUGGAGCUGCGGAUCACCCUUCCCUGGCUGCUGCACACCUCCACGCUCCCACCCGUGGCGGCUGAAGCGCUGGUAUGCUGUCUGGAGGCACAUAUCCGCGCACAUCUACCACGAGCGACAGCAGCGCAGGGGAAGCGGAAUGGCAUGUGCGGCCCUCGACCCAGCGGAGCAUGCGCACCGGGGCCUGCGCUAGCACGUGCGCAGCCCACGCCCGCACCGCGAGAGGCUCCGCCGCUGCCAUCUCCACCACCGUUCUGGGUGGCGGCCUUUUCUUACACGGAGGGGCUGCAGAUGUACGCGACAAACCAGGCUUCGUCCCUCAUCCACGCCGCGGAGGACACCACGGGGCGCGAUGCCGCUCGCGAUUCCUGCGCUGACCCGCGUCACGACCACUGUGGCCUCGCUUCCGCAGCGCAGCUGAACCUCAUCGCUUGGCCCGCGUGGGUGCCCGAGGCGCAGACGAGCGUACGGCUGCUCGCCGCGCUCACGUCGGGCGCCUUUACGCUGAUUGAGACCAUCGCGCGAGCACUCGACCAGGCGACCGCUGCUGCUGCUGCGCCAGUAGACACGGACACAGCGGUGGAAAGAGGCACUAAAGCUCGCAGUGGCGGAAAGGAAAGGCACAAUGCAGGAGCUGACCCACACACCGUGCGCGGCGGUGCGCCACGCUCCACCGCCACGCACCCUCACGGUGCCGUCACCGCGCUGCACGAGUUUCAUGUCUUCUUUGAGGCUGUCUUUGGCGAUGCGGCCAACAAGCGCCUUUGCCGACAUGUUCGCGAUCGCCUUCCGAUGCACGUGCGGGACUUGAGCGAGCUGUUGAGCCGGCCGUGGUGUGGCGUCGCGAGGGACACUGUGGACGGUAAUGCGGCGACCACCACAGUUACCGUCGCCACGGCCGGCGUUUGGCGAGCUCGCUGCCCCUCCAUACUGGACCUUGUUCACCACCUCGCUCGUGCAUGGAUGGAGGAGUGCUUUGCUGGGUUGGCGGACCGACUGCACGAGUUCCUCAUCACCCACAACCCUGGCGUGGUGCUCGAUCUCAUCUGUGCGCAUGCCAACGACAGCGACGGUGCCGUGCCUCAUGAGGACUUGUGUGAGUGCGCAAGACUGCUGAAGGGCGUCUGUGACAAGGUGCGUCCUGAGAACGGCAGCGCUCAGCAGCGCGGCUGCGCUUCGGCGCACCAUGAACCACACCAACGCGAACACCCCGGCUGCUCUGCUCCGCUGCACGCAGUGCCUCAAGCCGCGCAGGUACUCCCGCCACAUGCGUGGAUCUACCGAGGCAUCGCUGAGUUCACCCAAGGUCCUCUGCAGCGGUGGGAACGGUGGUGGUGGUCACCGUCGUCGACCCCUGCCACGCACACCCUGACCGCCCACAUUACCGUCAGUGCUGCGGCCAUGCAAUGGUCAACCCACGUCAACUACGCCACCGUGCACUCCCUCCAGUGGGUGCUACGCCACCCUCUCGUCGCAUGUACAACGGCAGAGAGCGUUCGACAGUGCUCUUUGACAUCGACUGCUGUCACCGACAUGCUGGCGUUGCUGGAGCUCCUAACCUUGCUGCCACCGCUCCUCGACACGACGGCGCUCCUGAUGGGCGAGGCAGAGGCGGUGCUAGGGGGCGCCUGCGCUGGCGUUAUGGGAAACGCUGGCGAUGGCCGUGAUGGCAGCGGCGGCGGCGGCGGCAUGGCCAUCACGACGAGUAGCGUGCACAGCCACAACGCUGUCAUCGCCAGCACCCCCGCAGCGCCUUCGCACGCUGCAACGCAAGGGUUUCACGCGUAUUACCGCGUCUUCCUCGGUCUUGUGUGCUACGGUGCGAUGCAGCUGAAUGAUGCUGAGGCCAUGGCACUGUUGUCGCGUCCGCAGCCUCCGCCAGCUGGCGUGGUGGCCUCAACGACAGCACCCCACCACCAUGGUGCUGCGUCGCCCUUGUCAGUGACAUGUUCUGCGCAGGCCACGGUGGAUGGUCUGUGGACAAAGUACAUACUGCCGCUCGUGGUAGGCUACAUCAGCGGCAGCGGUGCCGGGGAUGCGUCUGCCGAUCGCAUGGAUGCGUUGACAGCCGCAGACCAGAGCAUCGUGUACACGCUCAUGCUGCUGCGACUGCUGCGGCUUGAAGGGCACAGCGUGCGUCACGGCAGCCGCGGAGGUGCUGCACGUGCCGUCUUACCAACCAAAGGGCGGCAAGGCGCGCCCAACUCCGCCGCGUCGUCGCCGUCGUCGUCGCGUCACCCACGAAAACGCCCACGCCCCGCCGCUGUGGGGGUCUCUGGACCGCUGCCGUGGUGCAACGCACGAAGCGCGCACCCAGGCAGCGACGACACCCGGCCGAGGUGGUGGUCGCCAUCACCGACAACCGCGGAUGUGCACCCCGUCACCGCCCGCUCCCCACCGCCGGGGAGCGUGUCGAGCUCCGCCGUCACCGCGGAUACGGCGACAACCGCAACAACAACGGCCACGACGCACUGCUGCGUCAACAGCGAUCUCGCCAGAAUCAACGAACUCGAGCGAGUGGGCACGGCUGUGGCCGAAGCACGAUACUCAUCAGCUCCAGAAUUUGGCGACGCUCCUCAGCUCCGUCCUAGACACGCGAAGAGCGUUGCACACGAUGCCGCCAGCGGCCUGGUGGACGUCCUCGUGGCCGUGUCCCAAGAGGAACUGCUGGCGCCUCUGCAGCGUCGCAUCCCGCCCCUGGCGCUUCUCGCGCACGAGAGCGCCGCUGGAGGAGCCACAGCAGCCACACAGCAGUGCCCUCCCUCUCCUGCUCCUCCACCCGAGUGGCAAGGAGCGUGCCGGCAGCUGAUUCGUCGUUGGCUGCUGCCGCCGCCGCCGCGGGCACGCGCGCAAAGCGCCGUUCAUGAACGCAGCAGUGACAGCCACCAAACGCUGAUGAAUGGUGACUGCCACAGCCGCCGUUGUCGAGAGUGGACCCCCGAAGAAGGGACGAUGUUGCAUGAGGAGGAAGCCAACCACUGUGCCUCCGUCAAGGCAAGUUACUUUUCAGGUGGGCUGCCGCGGCGGCCGCAGUGGCUCGAUGUCGGCGAGGUGAGCACUGGCAACACGCUGCACCGUCGCGAUAUCCGCCGCGUUUGCGGCCUUCUAGCAGGGCUGGCGCUACGCGUCGCGGACGUUCGUCAGGAGGAGCGGAUUGCGCGCGCCGAAACCCUCCACAGCGACGACGUUAGAUGCUGCUAUGACUAUCUCUACGGCGUGCUACCGCCCGGACUACGCGCCAGAGACGCUGGCCUCAUCACCUUUGCCUCCACAUCCAGCUCUGACGACGGCGAGGAUGUCAACACAGAGGGGUCAGGGGAGGACGCAGGGACUGAUGACGACCUCUACGAUGCAAACAUGCUGCACUGCUCCGCGUCCACAAUCAGCAGCAGCAGCAGCAGUCGGAACACUAUCGGCACCUCGUCGCCGCCAUCAUCAUCCCCGGCAGCAUCUCCGUGA